GAAAGAGAAAGAGAAAGAGAAAGAGAAAGAGAAAGAGAAAGAGAAAGAGAAAGAGAAAGAGAAAGAGAAGCGAAAUUAAAUAGUCAUCUCAGUGAGAUAAGAGAAACAGCAAAUAGAGUAAUGGGGAUUAUUUCAAACUUAGAGAGAAGAGUCAAAGAGAAGCGUCAAAGUCUUUUCUCUGAGAGGGACAAGUAUUGAAAAUAUAAGAGGAAGAACAUUAUUGAAAAUUCCAUUAGUUUUAUGGAUAAAAUUAUGCAAUGCACAGGGUAUGCAAACACACCAUAAUCACAAGCUGGACUAAGAAUGGAAAGAAUAGAUGGAACAAAAUGCACUGAAGAAUGCAAUCGUUCCAUUGCAACAUACUCUCUCUCUCUCUCCCUUUUUUCUCUCUCUCUUUUUUUUUUUUUUUCCAGUUAAUCGUUCAAAGGAUCCUGAAAGAGGGUUACUCAUUCCUGAUAACUCUAAAGUUAAUCGUUCAAAGGAUCCUGAAAGAGGGUUACUCAUUCCUGAUAACUCUAAAGAAGAUACCAAAAUUUCAACUUCAGAAAAAAUUGAUGAGGAGAAAGAAGGUACCAAUAUCUCAAUUUCAAAAGUUGACAAGGAGAUAGAAUCCUUAAGGAGAAGAAUUGAAUACCAGGAGAAGCUUUUCUUUUUGGAACGUCUAAUCUUAGAUGCUGACACAGCUCACCCUAGACUGGAAGUCUUUGAUGGAGGAAAGAGCGUAAAGGAUACAGGGACUAUGAGAAACGUGGCCAUGAAUAGCACAAGGUUCGACUCCCACAUCUUCAUCUUGGCAACUGAGGGUUUCAUCACUGGCAAGCACUAUUGGGAAGUGGAUGUGGGAAAGAAAAAUAACUGGAAACUGGGAGUAGCUUCUGAAGCUGUGACUAGGAAAGGGUCGGUGAUUCUCUGCCCUAGAAAUGGCUUUUGGGUCAUGGCACUGUCUGAUGGGAUAGAGUACUGGGCCUGCACUGACCCUUGGACGCGUUUGAAUGUAAGGUCAAAACCACAGAAGAUUGGGAUAUUACUGGACAUCUCAGCUGGACAGCUAACAUUCUAUGACAUCCAAAGUGAAAUGACUUUGUAUACUUUCAGCAUUGCUGAGAGUGACAAGAAGGGGAAGCUCUUUCCCUUUUUUUCUGUGGGUAGCAGCGUAGGAAAGAAAGACCCUGAGCCACUAAAACUGUGCCAGUAAGGCAAGUAGCCAGUGAAAUCUGCUGAAGGCAUUAACACAAGUAACUUCAUGGAGAAUGCUGUCUUGCUGUUUUGCCUCAUUUUCUUUGGGUCUUCAUGCCACUGUUGAUUUGCACAGACCUUGGAACAGAUCAUGUGUCCCUUCAUCUGCCUAGUGAGUCCCUCCAUCAUUUUAGGAACUGUUAAGGUGAAUCUUUAUUGGCACUACACUCUUGGGCUCGUGGAUAUACACACUGGAACUGCAUCCUCAUGUAUACAUUCACCUGUCAAACUACAAUCUGCAUUUUUGCUUUUAAUGUGAAGAAUAAAAUCAGUGUUUUCCCAGACUGA